UCGUCGCGCGUCGUUUUCUGUACUGCUCUGAUACAAGAUUUGGCCAGUGAACACGUGUUGGAACUUGGAGUGGAUGGAUAGUCAAUUCUAAUUAAGUCACCUUUUUUAAAAGUAUUAUUCAAAAUUUGAAGGAAAAAUUUAAAUGUGUAUAUAUAUCGACAAUUUAAAAUCAAUCAAGUCCAAAUAUUUACCAUUUGACCGCCUUACACUAUUUCGUUUUUGUGCCACAAUGAAGUACAUCCUGGUCACUGGUGGUGUCAUCUCAGGCAUCGGGAAGGGCAUCAUAGCCUCCAGUGUGGGAACCAUCCUCAAGUCAUGUGGUCUGCGUGUCACCGCCAUCAAGAUUGACCCCUACAUCAACAUAGAUGCAGGGACCUUCUCUCCGUACGAGCAUGGUGAGGUGUUUGUGCUGGACGAUGGGGGUGAGGUGGAUCUGGACCUGGGGAACUACGAGAGGUUCCUGGACAUCAGACUGACCAAAGACAACAACCUGACCACCGGCAAAAUCUACCAGUCUGUCAUCAACAAGGAGAGGAAAGGAGACUACCUGGGAAAGACCGUACAGGUGGUGCCCCACAUCACUGAUGCGAUCCAGGAGUGGGUGAUGCGUCAGGCCAGAGUACCUGUUGACGAUGACGGUGUGGAGCCUCAGAUCUGUGUCAUCGAGCUAGGAGGCACUGUGGGAGACAUCGAGAGCAUGCCUUUCAUCGAAGCCUUCAGGCAGUUCCAGUUCAAGGUGAAGAGGGAGAACUUCUGUAACAUCCACGUCAGCCUGGUCCCACAGCCUAGUGCCACAGGAGAGCAGAAGACCAAACCCACUCAGAACAGUGUCAGAGAGCUCAGAGGACUCGGCCUGUCUCCUGAUCUGAUCAUGUGUCGCUGCUCCACUUCCCUGGAGAACUCUGUUAAAGAGAAGAUCUCCAUGUUCUGUCAUGUAGAACCUGAACAGGUGAUCUGCGUGGCAGACGUGUCGUCCAUCUACAGAGUGCCUCUGCUACUGGAGAACCAGGGGGUGGUGGGCUACUUCUGUCAGAGAUUAGACCUUCCUAUAGAGACCCGCCCCAGGAAGAUGCUCACUAAGUGGAAGGAGAUGUCUGACAGGUCAGACAGGCUCCUAGAGCAGUGUUCUAUAGCCCUGGUGGGGAAAUACACCAAGUUCACAGACUCCUACGCGUCAGUCAUCAAAGCGCUAGAACACUCGGCCUUAGCCAUCUGCCACAAACUGGAUAUCAAGUAUAUUGACUCAGCAGACCUGGAGCCAAACACACUGAAGGAGGAGCCUGUGAAGUACCAUGAGGCGUGGCAAAAACUCUGCAGUGCUGAUGGCAUCCUGGUACCUGGAGGAUUUGGAGUCAGAGGGACAGAGGGGAAGAUCCACGCCAUCAACUGGGCACGCAAACAGAAGAAACCCUUCCUAGGUGUGUGUCUAGGGAUGCAGCUGGCUGUGUGUGAGUUUGCCAGGAAUGUGCUAGAAUGGGAAGAUGCCAACUCUACAGAGUUUCAUCCCGAAUCAAAGCAUCCUGUUGUGAUUGACAUGCCAGAACACAAUCCUGGGCAGAUGGGUGGGACCAUGAGGCUGGGAAAGAGACGGACCAUUUUCAAGACCACCAACAGUAUACUAAGAAGACUUUACGGAGAUGCUGAGUACGUGGAUGAGAGACACCGACAUCGCUUUGAGGUGAACCCAGAGCUGAAGGAUCACUUUGAGGGGAAAGGCUUUCACUUCGUGGGUCAAGACGUAGAAGGCGAGCGAAUGGAAGUCAUUGAGUUAGACGAUCAUCCGUAUUUCGUAGGAGUGCAGUAUCAUCCCGAGUUCACCUCUCGCCCCAUCAAACCAUCGCCUCCCUACUUUGGCCUCCUGCUGGCAUCAGCCGGGAAACUACAGAGCUACCUACAGAAGGGCUGCUGUCUGUCUCCACGGGACACAUACAGUGAUCAGAGCGGCAGCAGCACCCCAGACUCAGAAAUAGUUGAGUCCUCCACCUCACAGGAUUGUGUGACUGAGGGAAAGGAACAAUGAAGUGUUGAAAAAGGAAAUUCCUUUCUAAACGGAGGAUGAAGACAAGUGCUAAAAUUAGCUCGUAAGAUGUUUCCUGACCUGAAUGGGUUAUUUGGCAUGUCUAUAUGCUCCCGACAACAGGCCGUCAAAUGAAACUGACAGUUUCUUUACCCAGGAUAACUCCCUUGAGAUGAAACCAAUGGAUGGGGAGCGUCUCAUUUCAUUGAAACACUGAAUGUCAAGGAACCCCCCCCCCCCAAUAUUUGACAAGAAAUGAUGUCUGUACAUUGCAGGGUUAAGUCAUCUUUAUUGCAGUAAACGGGCUUUACAAGUGGAGAGGAAAUAUUUUACCACUCAACCUGGCUCAUGGGACGUGAUGAGCUUAUAGCACCAGGGCACAAAUAAUAUUGUCUUAUUUUAGCUUCACUCAUUGGAUGGAUGUGAGCCGCAUACAGGCCGUUAGUAGAAUUCCCACGUCGAUGUUAUGCUGGCAGGAUAAGGCCAUUAGGAUGUAUGACAGGCCUCAAUCAUUUUUUCACAAGACCUGAGAAUAAAGUAAUGUUUUAGUGGCUGGAGACAAUUUGUAUCAUAUACACUUUGAAGGUGCUGUUCUGAUCUCAGUCCCAUAUCCGCAUGUUUCAUCCAUCAGUCACAUUUUAAAAAGGUAUCAAUCAUUGAUCAGAACACACCAGACCCUGCACAGAUGACUGAUUAGCACGAGGCAAAACAGAAGUACCUUAAAACCCGUAUUACGGGUAUAUCAACGUUGAAGUGUAAUUGGUCAGUCAUAAGACCUGCAAAUGAAAUAAAGUUUAGCAUCUUGAUAUAUACACAUUAUAUCCAAGGAUUUACUUUGAUCUUAAGUCCGAUAUCCGCAUGUUUCAUCCAGCAGUCACAUAAAAGGUAUCAGCAUUGAUCAGAACAUACCAGGCCCUCUAAGAUGAGUGAUUUAUCCCCCCCCAAAAUGACAGUUCAGGAUAUACCUACAGAUUGACAUUCCCAUCAAGGGACCUGGAUUGGGCCAUUACAUCUUAAGUGUUAAGGCACACUUGUACCUCCAUACCUGCAGAAAUACCAAGUCAGACAUUAGAAAUUCAGCCGUGCACAAAUUAAGCUCCAACAGCAGGAUUUACAUUGGUGGAACUAUCAAAGCAACAUUACUAUGGUUCAAAGAUGCAGCUAAAUAUCUGUAGGACAGUAGAGUGACUACCUCAGGCACAGAGAGGCUAGGACAGUCAAAGACUCCCCAUUUCUCUGGCAUGAACUUGGAGAACCAGAGGCUACAGACAAAGCCCGGGUCCUUAGGAUAGCAUGCGACCAGAUAACACUUUGUUUUAAAAAAUCCUUACCGCUGUUCAAUCCCAAGGUGAUUGGAUCAUCACCGCUACCAUUUCAGUUGGUACGAGACCUGAUGAGAAACAAAGUGACCUUAGUGGGCUGAUCAAUCUAGGUUCAUUUCCAUUCCAAAGCAUGGAUGUUUAAUUCAUUACUACUUUCAAUAAACAGGCUCAGAAGUUGAA